AUAUAUAUAUUAAUUCAAAGAAAAAGCGUUGCAUUAAGUGCAAUGCAGGGAAUGACCAAGCCUGCAGCUGCAAGUUCUUCUGUGUGCUUUCCUACUACCCUACCCUUAUGCAAAUAUAGGUCACCACUUUUUGGUGGGGGUACCAGGGAUCAAACUCAGGAUCUUGCUUUGUGAAGCAGGCGGUGGCACCACUGAGCUAAAUUCCCGGCCCUAGAUCACCUCUUGCCUGUUAAUUCUCUGGCAGCCUGCUGCUAUAAUGCAGUCUUCUGAAAGUAUCAGUUUGAUCACAUAAUUCCUUGCUACAGAAUCUUUCCAGGGACUUCCCAUUUUCUGCAGGGUAAAAUUUAGAUACUUUAGCCUCACUAGCACCUUAGACUCACCGCUGUCUCACGUAGCUGUGCCCACUCUGCAUUGGCUCCCAUAUUCCUUCCAGUGGCACUUUCCUUCACUGACCCCAGGACUAGCCCUCCUCACUUGCCAUGUAAGCUGAUUGCAAUCCUCUCCCUAUCCUGUGCUCCUCUCCUCCCUUUCACCUCUCCCGUUUCUCCUGCCUGCUCUCCAUACUCCACUUCCAUCUUGUUGCAAGUCUUCCUCCAUCUUUAGCUUUCUAAGUCUCCUUUCCUGAAUUUUGAGGACACUUAGGGUCUGCAUCAAGUCCUGCCCUGGCUUGUAACUGCAGUGUGUGCACCUGUAUCCUUGAGAGAUAGGAGAGCUCAGUGUCAGUUUGUAUGGCCGAGGAUUUGUGUCAUAAAAUCCUUCCUCAAUAUGACUGUCUUUCCUUUCUGCUCUAGGAGAAGGCCUUAGAAAUCAGGACAGUUGUGAAAACUUUGGCCUGGGACGAAGAAGACAUUGGCCUCUGAGGAAUGCUUAAGCCAUUUUGUUUCUGUGUCCCAGGAUCCCUCCCCCACCAGUGUCCAGGGCCACUGCUAGACCUUGUCCCUCAUUAUCUCCCACACCCCACUCUGAGUGCUGGGAUUUGUGGUGGUGGUCCCCUCUUCUGUGCUGCACGUGGGUUCCUUGCCCCUCUUAACCCUGAGGUUCCUGUGCUACCUGCCCUUUUUGCCUUUCUUUUGUCCUGCUCUCUUCUGUCAGCUAAUGAUUAUUCAGGGAGCUUAACCUGUUGUCCCUGUCCCAAGUCUGUGAAAGUUCUCUUUCGGGCAAGGGUCAUGAGCAAUAUGCCAUGGCCAUGUGACAGUUGGCUUUACCUCACUCCUGUUGCUGUCUUGGUCCUACUAGUCUGGAAAGCUCAUUGUGUGCCCUGCCCGAAUAGAGACCUGAGCAGAAAGGUUUUAUCCUAAUGGCUGACACAAAACAACUGCCCUCCCUCGAUGGGGAUCCAAUGGCUGCAGAGGCCUGGCUCCGGGAUGUGUUUGAGAUCAUUGUGGAAGAGGCCAUUCAGAAAGGGACCAGGGCCUCUGAGAAGGUCUGUGAGUGGAAGGAGCCUGAGGAGCUAAAGCAGCUGCUGGAUUUGGAGCUACAGAGCCAUGGAGAGGCCCAGGAGAAGAUCCUGGAGCGCUGCCGGGCUGUGAUUCACUACAGCGUCAAGACUGGUCACCCCCGGUUCUUCAACCAACUCUUCUCUGGGUUGGACCCCCAUGCUCUGGCCGGGCGCAUUAUCACUGAGAGCCUCAACACCAGCCAGUACACGUAUGAGAUCGCCCCUGUGUUUGUACUCAUGGAAGAGGAGGUGCUGAAGAAACUCCGGGCCCUGGUGGGCUGGAGCUCUGGGGAUGGGGUCUUCUGCCCUGGUGGCUCCAUUUCUAACAUGUAUGCGAUGAACCUCGCCCGCUAUCAGCGCUACCCAGACUGCAAGCAGAGGGGCCUUCGGGCACUGCCACCCUUGGCCAUCUUCACAUCAGAAGAGUGUCACUACUCCAUCAACAAGGGAGCGGCUUUUCUGGGACUUGGCACUGACAGUGUCCGAGUGGUCAAGGCUGAUGAGAGAGGGAAAAUGAUCCCUGAGGAUCUGGAAAGACAGAUCAACCUAGCAGAAGCUGAGGGUGCUGUGCCAUUCCUAGUCAGUGCCACCUCUGGUACCACUGUCCUUGGGGCCUUUGACCCCCUGAGUGCAAUUGCUGAUGUGUGCCAGCGCCAUGGACUGUGGUUACACGUGGACGCUGCCUGGGGUGGGAGCGUCCUGCUGUCACAGACACACAGGCAUCUGCUGGAUGGAAUCCAGAGGGCUGACUCCGUGGCCUGGAACCCUCACAAGCUCCUGGGCGCAGGUCUGCAGUGCUCUGCUCUUCUUCUCCAUGACACCUCGAACCUGCUCAAGCGCUGCCAUGAGUCCCAGGCCAGCUACCUUUUCCAGCAGGACAAGUUCUAUGAUGUGGCUCUGGACACAGGGGACAAGGUGGUGCAGUGUGGCCGCCGUGUGGACUGUCUGAAGCUGUGGCUCCUGUGGAAGGCACAGGGUGGGCGAGGCCUGGAGCAGCGGAUCGACAGGGCCUUUGCCCUUGCCCAGUACCUGGUGGAGCAAAUCAAGAAGCAGGAAGGGUUUGAGUUGGUCAUGGAGCCUGAGUUUGUCAACGUGUGCUUCUGGUUCGUGCCCCCCAGCCUUCGGGGAAAGCAGGAAAGUCUGGAUUACAGCCAAAAGCUGUCUCAGGUGGCCCCUGUACUGAAGGAGCGCAUGGUGAAGGCAGGCUCCAUGAUGAUUGGCUACCAACCCCAUGGGGCCCGGGGCAACUUCUUCCGCAUGAUUGUGGCCAACCCCAUGCUGACCCAUGCAGACAUAGACUUCCUCUUCAAGGAGCUGGAGAGGCUUGGCCAAGACCUGUGAGCCAUCGCCCUCUUGUGGCUGCCUUGAUGCCAUCCCUCCCCCUCCAAGUCUGCACUCUCUUUCUUGUGCUCUCCAAAACAGCCUUUCUAGGAAACAAAGUGACCUUACCUGUGUUUAUAAGCUUUGACCCACUAAUUCUCUUAAUACUUACUAUAUGGAGAAUGUUUAAAUAAACUGUGCUAUAUCCAUAUGAUAGACUGUUACUCUUUCAUCAAGCUAUUUACAAAGAGAAUUUUUAUUAAUACAAGAAAAAAUUAUAUGGGAAAAGCUGAAUGUAAGACUUUAUAUACAGUGAUAUCUGAGAUCUAAAUAUAUAGGAUGAGACAGGUGUGGUGACACACAGCUGUGAUCCUAGCCUUCAGAAGGCUGAGGCAGGAGGAUUUGAGCAAGACCCAGUCUCCAAAAACUAUGAACUGUGCCAAAAUGUUAUCAGUUUCCU